GUUAAAAUUGUAAGGAAUUCAUACAAAAGCAAUAGCAAUUCUACAAUCGCUGUACAUAGGCAUAUCGUUCAGUAUGUUUUGCUUUAAGUAACAAUUAGCCAUUCAUCCGAAGCUAAAAGGUAACAAAAACAAAAAGGAACAGAUGUAAUUCAGAAUACGUGUUAAAAAGAGCAACUGCUCAUUACAAACUAAAUAAGUCUCAAAAUGAUUCCAGUGUUACUCAUUUUAAGUGUCCUAGGCGGUGUGAUUGAAGCCGCACUGCGGAUCUUUGGCGGCAGAGAUGCAGACCCAAUGGAAUACCCAUACGUUGUCAGACUAGGAAUAAAAUAUUCUUUAAACCAACUUGACGCAUAUUUCGAACAUUUCCAAUUCCUUUGCACUGCAUCAGUGCUAACUCCUGUUUGGACGCUCACAGCGGGACACUGCGUUGAUGAUGCUGUUUUAACCUUUUUGCAAUCUUCAUAUCCCACAGCAUCUUUGAAAUACGUCAUAAUGUAUGGAUCAGCAACAGCACACCGUUCGACAACCGACAAUUUCAGUGACAUCGUUGCGACUGUUAAGCACCCGUCUUAUAAUUCAAUGGCCUUACAGCUUGGUGCAUCAGGAUCUAACGACGUUGCACUAGCAAAGACUACAUCGACAAAAUUGACCAAGUACGCAAAGCUGAGUGCGGUUGAGUACCCUUCUCUGGUGGGGCAAGCGGCCAUCGCAGUUGGAUAUGGGAUCACAUUUGAGGGAGACCAAGUGGACCACACUUUACAACUUGGUAAAACGUUGCAAGUAUUGCACGUAAUGAUAGGGAUAUGUGCCAAAGAUUUUCGCAAAAAUUCUUUAUCUCCCAUCAUAUGCUUGAGCAGACUUUGCAGUCAACCCGCUACAAUACUCUGUCGUGGUGACUCCGGGGGACCCCUGCUGCAUGACUCAGGAGUUGUUGGAAUCAAUCAUAUGGUUGAAUCGGACGAAUGUACACUGCGAUCAGCAAAUUCAGGACUCGUGAAAAGUAGUACUGUUGGGAUCAACGUACCGAUCAGUCCCUAUGUGGGAUGGAUAUCUAAUCAAAUACGAGAAAAGGAAGAAGCCCACUAGAUAUGGUGGAGUAAAACCCUUCCACAUACCUUCUGAGGAUCGCGGCUUCAUUCCUUACGACUGGGAGACUCCGUCAACAUCUAGUGAAUUCUAUUGCGUUGAACUGAAAAUCGUCGGGAUCGAACACUACUGGACCGAUUUUCAUGGUUUUUGAUUUGCUGUAUUUAUCCCCGUCCCGAAUAGCAAAAAUACGAAAACAUAGGAAAUUUAAAAAAAAAAUUAACGGCUUUUAUUGUGAAAUCCUCACUUUUAGCAGACUGUGGAUUCACAGUUACAGUAGCGAGACUGUCCUUGUGUCGUCACCGACGAGUGACCACUUAAUCACUAAUUAAGCCUACAGUUAAGUUUAACUUGGCUAUUAUUGUAGUGUAUUCCUUAGAGUUAAGGCUUAAGUAAUUUGUCGAAAUGAAAAUGCUGAAUUGCAA